AUUUCAAGCAUCUUCUGUUUUAUAUAAUCAACAAUGGAGAGUCUUAGGGAUGGUAUGCUGGUUGGACUCGGCAACCCGCUGCUGGAUAUCUCGGCAGUGGUUGAGAAGGAUCUCCUUGACAAGUACGAUAUGCAGCCCAACAAUGCGAUACUGGCGGAGCAGAAACACAUGCCAAUCUAUAAAGAGCUGAUCGACAAGUACCAGGCCGAGUACAUUGCCGGUGGCAGUGUGCAGAACUCACUGCGUGUCGCUCAGUGGAUCCUGCGGAGGCCUCGGACGGCCAUAUUUUUCGGCUGCGUGGGACAGGACGAGUACGCCCGCAUACUAGAGGAGCGUGCCACAUCGAACGGAGUGAACGUGCAAUAUCAACGAUCAUCUACCAAUCCGACCGGUACCUGUGCGGUACUGGUAACCGGUACACAGCGCAGCCUCUGUGCCAAUCUAGCCGCUGCAAACGAUUUUACACCGGAGCAUUUGGAAAGCGCUGCCAACCAGGCGUACAUUGCCGGUGCACAGUUCUUCUACGUUUCUGGCUUUUUCUUUACGGUUAGCUUCGAAAGUGCGCUCAGUGUGGCCCGGCAGGCGGCGGCCAGUGGGCGUAUGUUUAUGAUGAAUCUUAGCGCACCUUUUGUGCCGCAGUUUUACAAGAGCAAUCUCGAGGAAAUAUUCCCGUACGUCGAUGUGCUGUUUGGCAAUGAGACGGAAGCGGUAGCAUUGGCGAAGGAAUUUAACUACGGUACGGAAGAUUUGCGUACGAUCGGUAAACGAAUUGCGGACCUACCGAAGGAAAAUGCCAACCGGAAACGCAUCGUAAUUAUCACCCAGGGAAGCGAUCCGGUGCUACUGAUCGAGAGUGGAACCGAGAGCGUUCGGGAAUUUCCCGUACAAAAGCUAGCGCCGGAACAGAUGGUCGAUACGAACGGUGCGGGUGAUGCGUUUGUUGGUGGCUUUUUGGCACAACUGCUGCAAGCUCGCAGCGUGGACGUGUGCAUCAACUGUGGCAUAUGGGCGGCACGAGAAAUUAUUCAACGGUCUGGUUGUACGUUCGAAGGAGAACCAUCGUUCGGUGUCUAAACUA